GGACCCUAAAUUAGAUUAUCCACUAACACACCCUUUAACCCUUUUGGCUCCAAAACUAAUAAAACAAUAAUUCGGACUGCAUAAAUGUAAAAUCACAUGUAUAUAUAUCCCAAAAAACUAGCACCAUGUUUGGUUAAGAAUAGAUUCAAAUGAGCUGUGCAACAGCAGCAGCAGCAACUACUAGCACUAGUACUUGUACUACCACAACCUCAACUUGCAACCCAACAAAAUUCAUUAAUUCCUCUUUCUCACUACAUUCGAAUUCGAUUCGUCGGAUAACCCAUUUUGUUAAGGUUCCAACAUGGGGUCUAUUUAAGAAGAAACAUGCGAUGCGUAUUCCCAAGCGUUCUAUUGCUUCUUGCUUCUCUCUCUUCUCUCCUCUUGAAUUAAAUUUCUCCUUUUUCUCUCCUCAUUCUUUUCUUGAUUACCCUUCAAAUUUUAGUCAGUUUGCAAGUAGAAGAAGGGCCGUUUGUGCCUGUGAAGGUGCAUAUCAGUUAAACACAAGUGUUAUAUUUGACAGAAAAAUGUCGAAGUCUGCAUAUUCUGAUGGAACACAAAAUCCACUCAUUUGGUCAUCUCCGGAAAAAGGGUGUACAAUUGAAAUAGGCAAACAGAUUUUCUGUAAUAGGUCUUUAAAUAUGAAAGGUAUUGUUGCUGUUGGCUUUGAUAUGGAUUACACUUUGGCACAGUAUAAACCAGAGACAUUUGAAACUCUUGCAUACAAUGGAACUAUUAAGAAGCUAGUCUAUGAUCUCGGGUAUCCUAAAGAGUUGUUGGAGUGGAAAUUUGAUUGGACUUACAUGGUAAGAGGCUUGGUUCUUGAUAAAAAGAGAGGCAAUAUAUUGAAGAUGGAUCGCCAUAAGUAUGUAAAAGUUGCCUAUCACGGAUUCCAGGAAUUGUCCAAGGAAGAUAAAGUUAUGGCAUAUGGAAGCACAUUGAUACGAGAUGCAUUUGAUGAGCCCGAUUAUGCACUUAUUGACACCCUUUUCUCAUUGGCUGAAGCAUUUUUGUUUGCUCAACUUGUUGAUUUCAAGGACAAUAAUCCUGGACUAAUUCCAGAAGCGACAGACUAUGGUCAAAUGUACAAAGAUGUCCGAGCUGCUGUUGACCUGUGUCAUCGUGAUGGAACUUUGAAAGAGAUGGUUGCAUUAGAUCCUAAGAGGUAUAUCAAUGAGGAUAAAAUGAUUGUUCCAAUGCUCAAAAUGCUGAGAGAUUCUGGUCGUGCAACUUUUUUGGUGACAAACAGCCUGUGGGAUUACACAAAUGUUGUGAUGAACUUUCUUUGUGAACCAGAGCCACAGAGUGGUAGCCAAACGUUAACUUUCGAUUGGCUGAAGUACUUCGAUGUUGUUAUCACUGGAAGUGCAAAGCCGGGCUUUUUCCAUGAGAAUCGUGCCAACCUCUUUGAGGUUGAACCUAAAUCUGGCAUGCUUCUUAAUACUGACAAUGGAACUCCUAUGGUUCAGGUAGGGAGCACUUCUGUAGAUGUGCAGCUGAAAAGCCGUGAUAAAGGCUUCAAAGUUUUCCAGGGGGGAAAUGUUGGUCAUCUGCACAAACUCCUUGCUAUUGAGUCAAGUUCACAGGUUCUGUAUGUUGGAGAUCACAUCUAUGGAGAUAUAUUACGCAGUAAAAAGAUUCUUGGGUGGAGAACAAUGCUUGUCGUUCCAGAACUUGAGAAGGAGGUCGAACUGCUGUGGGAGAUCCGUGGAAGCCGCAAGCAACUUCAGACAUUGAGAAAUGAACGUGACAGCAUUGAAAACAAAAUACACCGUCUGGAGUGGUCCCUCAAGUUUGAAGGUGUAAAUGCUGAUGAGAAGCAAAAGAUACAUGAAGAGCUUGAAGAAUUAACGUCUGAAAGGGAGCAAGUGCGGAUCAGUCAUCAACAAGCUCAAAGAGCAUGCCACCAAAAGUUUCACAAGGUAUGGGGUCAACUGAUGAAGACUGGAUAUCAAAAUUCCCGUUUUGCUCACCAGGUGGAGAGAUUUGCUUGCCUAUAUGCAAGCCAAGUGACUAACCUGAGCUUGUACUCCCCAGAUAAAUACUAUAGGCCAAGUGAAGAUUUUCUGCCUCAUGAAUUCGAUAUCCUUGGAUGAGGUGCUACUCUGUCAAAUAUGUCUUUGUUGAAGUGCUAGCUAUGUUCCGGGGAAGGAAAAAACAGGCGGCCUUAGUCCUUACUAAUUGCCCUUACAUUUUUUGUUUGAAUUCUAUAAUUUGGUGAUUUGUUACAACAGAAUAUUUUAUUUAUAAUCAAUAUAUAUCCCCUCUUCCUCUAAAAACUAAAACCCUUCCGUUCAGACUCUACAGAUGAUAAAGAAUGCUUUAUAGUGUUUGUGAUUCAA